UGUUUUGACAUUGUCAAUUUCAAAGGUGUAAUAGAAUUGUACCGUUUUUAAUUUCUACAAAUAAUUGUUGAAAAUAUUUUUAAGCCUAUAUUCUGUGCCGUCGCCUUGUAUUGUACUUAAGUACAGUUAAAAUCUGAUGUUAUAAGUCUUAUUCACGGAGUACAUUCAACAUAAAGGUCUUAAUUAUUAUUUGAUGUAAUGGCGACGUUGGAAGACGAGAACAAGCAUUUGCGGGAGAAAAUUGAAUGGUCGCAGACAAACAAUGAAAUUAUACAGAAAACUCAGUAUUUCAAGAUGCUGGUUGCUCAGAAAGAAGAUGAAAAGCUGGCCCUCAUGAAAGAAAAUAACGAAAUAAGGCUAAAAUACAGCAGGUUCAGAAACAACGUUGAAUUCCAUCUAAGAAAACUGGAUGCUGCAUUACAAGAAGCCAGCGAGAAAGCCAUUUCACAUCUGGUCCAAGCAUCAGCAGAAAUAGCUAAGAGCAUGGAAUUCGUUAAGCAGUGCAUGAGAGAAAGUCGGGAGAUGGAUGCUCAGUCUCCAAGAUGGAGUGCUCUCAGUGAUACCCAGAGUUCAGGGAAGAAGGAGAAGGUGCAUCGAGUCCCCCCCAUGGUGGGAGGACAGUCUAUACAGCCAGUGGUGGCACUCAGCAGGACUAUGCUGAAUACUAGUAUUACAAGGUCAACAUCUAGUAGUCCCAAUCGUAGUAAUAUAACACAAAGAGCAGUUCCUAUGCACAUGUUACAAGAUGUGUACAUACCGCUAACAAGGAUAGACAUACCUACCGCCAACAUGGAUGUGGACGCCAGCAUGGAGGAUAAUGCCGACGACAGCACUGACGGUUUACUCGAGGGUGAGGAGGAGAUCAGGGAAUCCGAUGGUCACAUAUCGGAAGAAGAUGAAUUUGAGACAAGUAGACUUGAGCCUGUCAGUGAGGAAGACUCUUCAAUCAACGUCAGAGAAAUUGAACCAGCAAGACUCAGGCUACAGAGUGGCAGACAGUCAGACGGUAGAAAGGAGAAACAAAUGAGUACUUCAAGAGGAAGCAACCACAUUGAAGACCCUUUGGAGGGACCUAGCUGGCUGCUAGACGACACACCUAGCAGUGGCACACCGGUUAAUAAUAAGGGAGCUGCCUCCAGCAGUGGAAGGAAUUUAGAGCCGGACUCUACGACAGAAGUUGAGAAAACACCCUUAUCUAGCCGAAAUGAAGUAAACACAGAGUCUACGGACAGCAGCCCCGUGGUUGCGUUCUCUCCGACAGUGCGGCGUCGCAAGCGCACGUCGUCGCCAGUGCCGCUGACUCCCGUGCAGCGGCAGCGGUACUCGCCACGACCCAACUCCGCUAGGCGGAACAGCACAAGCGGUCGUGUCCUCAAAGUAUUAGUAGCGAAGAUGCGCUUGGAGGGCGGCACCCCCGCCAAGCGGCCGCGCUCGCCGCCGCCCUUCAACGCGCCCAGCCCCAAGGGCGCCACCGACUCCAGGGUUAUCGUAUCUGAAUCCGGUUCCCUAAACAACGAGACAUUAGAACAAGCUCAAACAGUAAGUCGUCGAGACAGCCAUAGUUCUCAGGCUGUGAGCGAGAGAGGGCGCCACAGUCGCGAGUACGAAGAUGUACGGAGAGUGGCGAGCGAACACGAGCGGAGGACUCAAGAUGGCUGCGAAAGCCACCACAGGCUACCAAGCCAAGACGGCGACAGCGCUCGCAGCCGUCGUCACAGCCGCGACAGCGACAGCCGAAAACGCAGCAACAGCCGUCAACGCAGCAACAGCCAUCAACGCGACAACAGCCGUCAACGCGACAAUAGUCGUCAACGCAGCUGCGACAACGACAACCAUCAGCGCAGCUGCGAUAAUGAGAGUAGACAGCGUAACCGUGACAGCGACAGCAGUGGCGCCGGCGACUCCAUCAGCGAGGGACGGACGCGCAGGACGAGGAAACCCGUCACAUACAAGGAGAAGCCGCUUAAUAGGAAAUUAAGGAGGUGAUUAUUGCUGGCAUUCAAGUAUUUUGUAGCUUUAAUAUUUUAAUUUAUAAUCGAGAGACUGGCGCUCUAAGGUAUUGUGGUUAUAAAGGUACGCUUUCAAAGCGAUCUGCUGACUGCACGUGCUGUUGCCGCUUCGAUCCAAAACGAUUUACAUACCAAUCAGUAGCGCAGCUGCGGCACGUUCGGUCGGCAGUUGCAGUCGGCAGCUCGCUUCCAAAACGUACCUUAAUGUUACCUGUACAAACAAGUUUUUGUUUUAAACCUACCGAUUAACUGAAUUAACUCAAUAUUAUAUAGGUGAAGAGAUUGUUUGCUUGAUCUAUCUUAUCUCCGGAGCUUCUGGUCCGAAUCAAAAAAAUAUUUCAAUGUUAGAUAGCCUAUGAAGCCAUAUACUGUAAUUACCUAGUAUUUAUUGCAUUUCAAUAUGAUGAAAAUUAUAAUGUUUACACAAAUAAUGACAAUAGACUCGCUGACAAUCUGAUAACGACUGAUCUUAUUGUAAUGACGUUAAUCUCAAUAAAUUAUCGAAUAUGUUA